UGAUCAAGAUCCUCAAACUGGCUUCAUGCCAAUUGACCCCUUUGAGGAUUUUUGUGUGUGUGUGUUUGUGUGAAAAGAUUUGCUUUCUCAAAAUGCCUUUUAAACAGAAAAUGGCUUUGACCAGGGCUGUUUUAACAGCAGUGCUGCGGGAGGAAGCCUAGCUGAGAAAUAAACUUGUUUUCAGGCAGCUGCCAGUUCACUUCUUUCUGGUUUCCUCCAAACCUCACUUUUAACUUGGGAUGGCUUCAUUUUUAGGCUUCAUUUGGAAGGGACGGAGUUCAGUGCUGGGAACACUCUUGCAGCCUUCCAACAGGGAAGGAAAACAUGAGCAAAUCGUGGACGGCUGCUCGGGAGAGCUCAACUUUCUUCUUCCAAAGGUUUCCUUGUGGUCCCGUCCCCUCCUUCCUUCCAAGAUUUCUUUCUCCCCUAACGCUCCGAAUUCCUCCUUCCCUUCUGGUCCUGCUUUCAGCCCUAAUCGUUACCCUUUGCUUCUCUUCGCACCCUGCCUUUUGCUUCAGAGAGACCAGUCAUUAUUAUCCUUUGCUUGCCCCCCCGCUCCUUUUGCUUCAGACUGGCUGGCUGAAGCAGUGGCUUGCGUGUGGGGCGGAAGGGGCAAGAGGGCCACUCCUAACCUGCCCCUUCCAUCUCCCCUCUGCGGGCUGUCCCAAGCCUGAAGUUAGGUCCGGAAGCAAGCGCAGGGCUUGGGACGGGCUGGGGAGGAGGGUGGAGGGAGGCCCAUUUCCAGGCCCGGAUUGGCUCCGGCCCCGCACGUGAGGCUGCACUCGCGCCUCUGGGCUGGCGGCUGGUAAAGCUCAGUGUGAGCCAGGCGGAGGCGGGAGCCAGGAGCCGGAGACUUACCAGAAGCCGCGGGGUGGCAGCUGCGGCGGCAGAGCGCGGGAGCCCGGAGCCGGAGCCGGAGGGGAAGGCAAGGCAGGAGAUAUCUCCGCUGGAUAGAUGAGUUACCUUUUGUCCUGAAGAGAGAACAGUAGUUUCCUAUUUUCUGUUCCUGUUAUCUCUGAUCUACAAUGAGUGCCAAAUCUACUAUCGGUAAAGAAAUUUUUGCCCCACAUGAUGAAAGGAUGUUGGGAGCUGUCCAAGUGAAAAGAAGAACAAAGAAAAAGAUUCCUUUUCUAGCAACUGGGGGUCAGGGUGAAUAUUUAACCUACAUCUGCCUGUCAGUGACUAACAAGAAACCAACUCAGGCAUCUAUUACAAAAGUCAAACAGUUUGAAGGUUCCACAUCCUUUGUAAGGAGAUCCCAGUGGAUGCUUGAGCAGCUUUGUCAAGUCAACGGUAUAGACCCAAAUAGGGAUUCCCCAGAGUUUGAUUUACUAUUUGAAAAUGCUUUUGACCAAUGGGUAGCAAGCACAGCUUCUGAAAAGUGCACAUUCUUUCAGAUUCUUCAUCACACUUGUCAGCGGUACCUUACAGACAAGAAGCCAGAAUUUAUCAACUGCCAAUCGAAAAUACUGGGAGGAAACAGCAUACUCCAUUCAGCAGCAGAUAGUGUGACCAGUGCAGUACAGAAGGCAAGUCAGGCUUUGAAUGAGCGUGGUGAAAGGUUAGGCCGAGCAGAGGAAAAGACAGAGGAGCUGAGAAACACUGCUCAGCAGUUUGCAGAAACUGCACACAAGCUUGCUAUGAAGCACAAAUGUUGAGAAACUGCCUAUCAUAGAGAUCUUUCCAAGAGAAACUGAAAAGCUAAGGUCAGCAACUUUUACAGGAGAUCCAGACUUCCACCUGCUUUAUCCUUCCAACUCGGUGAAGAACAGUUAUUUCAGUUACCAUGCAGGAAAUGGUUAAUUCCUACGGUUUUAUGGUUAUCUCACUAAGCAAUGCUGCUGUACCUCCAAAGUUUUUUUUUUUGUUUUGUUACUUAAGCUGUAGUUGGUAUUUUUAGAAACAUGGAAAUUGGACCAAAUGGCAAGCUGGACAGGUUUAAGCUGACAACUCUUUAUCACACAAGAAGAAGUAUUACGUUGACUACAAGUGGUUUUACUGUAUGGAAAUAAAAUCUAAGUAAUGUUUACGUGAGCUUUUUCAGUUCCUGUAGAGCUAACAGAAUUUGCAAGGUGGAAUUAUAUCUUUGACCGUAGAAUUCCAGUUGGAAAACAGACUGGUUUGCCAUGGGAAACAACAGGCCUUAUGAUUUCCUCCACUGAGAGUAGGAGUUUUUGCAUGUGCCAUCACCAGCAUUCAGAAGUGCAGAUCUCAACUACAAGAUGUGAUCCUGCUAUCCAUGCUGCAUUUCAAGUAUUUCUUGUCUUAAUUUUCAGAUUGAUUACUUUGAUUGUAUAAGGAAACCUAACGAACGUACAUUUAAGAUUUUCUGAUCUAAGAAAAAUCUGAUUUUUAAAUCUGCAUGCGUGCACACACACGCGUGUGCACACAUGUGCACUUUCUCUCUGUCAUUGUGCCACUGGAAUUUAGCAGUCCUGUGCUAAAAUAAAUUGAUGGUUUCUUUUUAACUGUUUUUUCUUGAUAAAAGCCUACAUAAAUGAAAUGGUGCAAACAUUUUCCAAGCUGCUAGGUUUUCAGACACUUUAGGUGGAAAAUUUUGGGGCUGCAACAUAUGAUCAGAUUUCAACAUAUACAAUUUUAUUUUAACAUAUAUACUUGUGUGGAAGAAAUUGACUUUUGUGCAAGGUAUUUCUGUGAUUUAGAAUAAGAGUUUUAAAAUAGCAUGUUACAUCAACUGGUGUGUUACUGGUGUAAUUCUUCUAAUUUGAAUAAUAGUAUUUUUAGCAUGAAAUGUCACUGAAAGAAUAUCUUUCUACUUCAGUUUCACUGACUAAAAAUGUGCUUAAUCUACUCUCUUCCUUCUCUAUUCUAUUCGGAUAUAUUGGGAAAUUCUUGAAUUAUUUACUUCUAGGAUUAAAAAAGCCAUUACAGAAGUUAUACUUGAUUUUUUCCAGGAAGAUGCAAACAAAACCCAAGCCAAGCUUUCAAGCUUCGACUAAAGAGUCAUGGAGUUUAAAAUAAACACACUUCAGAUUUUCUGUCCUCAUCUACUGAUAUGGUGUAGUAUGAGCAAACUGUAGUUUCCAUUGUCAUUGUAGAAUAACAUUUUGCGUUAUUAAUGACAUUGUAAACAGCUUAGAAUCUUCUAAUAAAACAGUACAAUGAAGACCGAGAAUAAGUAUAUAGUAACUGAAAAGAAAAAAUCUCUAGGAAAUAUCAGUGCUAAAAAAGAAACACACUAAAUUAGGGGGAAAAUAGUCAGCCUAGAGAAGUAAUGUAUUUACAACCAAUUGCAUUCAAAUCUCACAAUCACAUAUAUAGAGCAUUGUAUUUUUUACAAGAUUUUUAAAUUUCAUAAUGGAAAUUGCUUAGGGUUUAGCACCAUAACAUCACGUCAGAGACAGACAGUCUUCAGAACUACUAAGCCCCAGGCUGCCGGCUGGAAAAGAAUUUGAUCAGCCUUAAAUUGCAAGCAAGAACAGGGUCAUUAAAGACAUGAGGCCCCAAGCACUUACUAGAGCCUCUUAUGGUUAAUGCUUGCCCUGAAAGAGUCUGUAGCUUCCCAGUGCAAUGCUGUAAGAAAGAAGUCUGUAACUGCAAAUUAGCAAGGAAAAGGCAGUUUCUUUUAAGAGAUUAGAUUUCUGCUGAGAUGUUGAGAAUUAAAACAAACAAACAAAAAGACAACAUUGUAAUCUAGUCCAGGUGUAUUGUAAAGUUCUGACUGCCACGCAGAUUUGUCUUAAUCUUUUCCAAGCUUUCUAGUGGGGUUUUUCUUUCUGGUUUGUUUUUGUUUUGCUUUUUCACUAUAUCCUCAAGGAAUCUGCUACAGAUUCUGGGUAGUCAGUCUGGAGAGAGAAUAUUAUAUUAGUGAAAAUUCAAUAGUGAAGAACUGCAACCACAAAAGUGAUUCUGCUGAUGUAAAAGAUACAGUAGGAUUUGAAUUGCUGCCAUCUAACGUGUACUCAAAGGUUAUAAAUAAUGUAGAAGGAAUGGAUAAAACCCUAAUCAGAUAAAUGUGGAGAGAAUUAGUUAUGCAGGUUCAGAUAACAGUGCAUAAAGUUUGAGGGGACUCUGUAUUCAAACAUUAGUUAGAUCAGCUCCCAGGAACACUGCUAAAUUCCAAAUCCUUUUUCAUGGGUUGAGCUGUGUCAUUUCUCUUCUCUUUUAUAUGUGUCAUUAGUGCUGUUUUUCAGAAAUAUGCACCUAUAGCUUUGGAUUUAAUUUUAAUAGCCUAUUAGUCAUCGCAACUUGAGACUUCUUUUCUUUUUUCCAAACAUCAGAAAACUGUGCUAUGAUAAUUUCAAACAUCUCAGCAUUUUAAACAACAGAAGAGAGCUUUUCUUGUGUUCUGUUUCAUUCCUCCUAUUCAGUAUGCUACUAGAUAUUGUGGCUUUUAGAAAGGUCUGAAGGAAGUAUAUUAACAUUCCAUCCUGAAGGUGAACUUUAUAGCAUUACAAUUUCCUCCUGAAACUUAGCUGUGAUAUUCAACACUAGUAUUAUUAGAUACUCAUGUACAGUAAUUCAGGUUUAUGUUUCAUAUUAAAGAAUGUAUUUGUAAAUUGUAAUCAAUAGUUUCCUUAUUAUAAUACAUUUUUAAAGUUCUGCAAAGAAUAAAGAUAAUGUAUUGUUAGACUUGAGACUAUUGUACUGCAAAAUUUGUCUUAAAAGGCUACUCUUGUGUGUAGCAGAAGUUGUUCAUUCUUGUGAAAAUAUUAACAAAAUGUGCUCUCUAAAUGAAUGAUCUUAAAGGUAGGUUUGCUAUAAUAUGCCAAACUUGUAAUACUUGCUGGUAUCUAUUGUAACUAAUUCCUCAGAAGUCCUCAAAGAUGUAGAAAUAAUUUUGUGCCAUUCUGAAAAAAGUGGGACCUGCUCUAUUGAUUGAUUACCGCAACCCCAAAUGAUGUCAUUAAACAUUUUACCUGUG